CUGGCCAUAGAGACAACUUGGGGAAACGGACAGAAGUCUGGAGCUGGAGCAAUGGCGGAGACAGACCCCAAAACUGUACAGGACCUGACCGCUGUGGUUCAUACACUUCUCCAGCAGAUGCAGGACAAAUUUCAGACCAUGUCAGACCAGAUAAUUGGCCGAAUUGAUGAUAUGAGCAGUCGCAUUGAUGAUCUGGAGAAAAACAUCGCUGACCUUAUGACCCAAGCAGGGGUGGAAGAAAUAGAAGGGGAAAACAAAAUACCAACAACACGUAAUAGUUAAAGAUUUUGUUAAUCAUUUAGAGUGAACUCUUGAAAAUGUUUUUAACAAGCCAAGAGGUGAAGGAACCGAUUUUCUCAACUAACUACUGUGUGCAAACAUUUUUUUUUUAUUAUAAAGCUUGUAUUCCUAGAAUAUGCAGUUUAGUUAGGUUUCAAGGUGAUUUAUUUUUUGAUUUCUUGUAUGUGGUAGCUUCAACUAUAUGACAUAAAAUGUGUAAAUAUUAGUAAACUGAAAUUCUGACUACUCUUGCCUAAAAUUUUCAAAAUUUUUAGUGCACUUUUUGUCAAGUCAUUUGUCAUUCUUUUUGUAGUGGUUUCAGUUUAAUAACAAAUUGGUACAAGUUUUUUUUAAGAAAUGUAUUGAUUUUUUCAACUGUUAUCAGAUUCUCUUUGUGAUCUGAAGCACCUAGAGUCAACGGUUCGUAAUUCUUAGCACAAAAUUACUGUUGUACUAAUAACAAAUAAAUGGUAUGUUGACCAUGUUUUUAAAUCAGACAAAAAAAAAUUGAGCAUUUUGUAUUUGUGUCAUUGCUAUGUUUCCAUGAUUGAGAACUAUACCUAAGAAUCUACUGUAAAAAGCCCCAGAAAGGAGCUGAAAUUGAAUGAUUGUAACUACUGCCACUUUUUAAUACACUAGAGGAUUUGGAUAGUGACAAUAGUAUCUCAGUUCCUCUCACAUAACAAGGACAGAAAAUAACCUAUAAAGAUGCAUUACAUUCACUGAUUGGAAUUUCAUGUGGUGUAACACUUCAGUCUUUUAGUUUUAUCAAAAAUGCUUACUGUAAGAACACGAGGGGGUUUUAAAACCCACUUGCUAUUUACUUGUGCUACUGACUUUAGAAAGCAUUUGUCAAUUAGAAGAAAAAGCAAGUGGCCUUUGUGAAUCCUUGCAUACUGACUGAUAAAUGCCCUUAUUGUAAGCUUGGAUUUUUUUAAGAAAAAUUGUGAGUUUUAUUGUUUACCUUUUUUCUUAACUAAAUGCUUGCAGAAUAACACUUUUAUAAUAGAUUAUAGAUGGAAUAGAAAAUACCAAACAUUUUCAUCAUGACAUCCCUUUCUUUUUAUCAAGAGGUGAGGGACAGAGAUUGAACACCCAGAUGACUGACUCAUCAAAUUGCUCUUGAAUUAAAAAAAACAAAACAAAACAAAAACAAAGUCAAGAUAAGCUGAAAGAUGAUCUAGAAGUAGAGGGAGCCAUUUUUCCUUGAAAUGAACUUUUAAGUGAAUAUUUUGUGAUUGUAGGAGAAAUUUUCUGUACCACCAGAUAGUUUAUUGUAUUGUUAUAUAUAUAUAUAUAUGGAAUAAAGCUAUGAAAUAAUUGUUGUAGUCACAA